GACAAGCGAACCAGGAUCCAGGCCAGGACCUGGGCUCGGGUGGCAAGGGGCCAUCCGCAAAGACCGUAGCCCUGAAUCUGCCUCCCCUGAACCUGGAACGGAGAUGGCGGACACACCGAGGCAGCAAUAGGGCGAAGAAAUAGAGACGCCGAGGCAGAGAGACCAGGAGACUCAGAGACAGGGAGACUAAGAUACAGACUCAGCAACAGGCGGCCUCACGGGGGCCCCGCGGCGACCCGGAGAGGGCGAGGCCCCGGGACACAGACCCCGGCCGAGCAGAGCCCCCGCGCGGCGCAGAGUCGUGGCGCGCGGGCGCAGGGUCCCCGGCGGGGCCCGAGUGGCCGCACUCGCCGGGGCCCCCGUUCGGGGCAGCUCGCUCAAGAUGGCGUUGGAGGGGCGGGCGAGGCGGCAGCGGCCCCGGCCCCCGCGCCGGCCCCAACUCGGGCCUGGGCCCCCGAGGCCGCGCCCCCGCCCGCGGCGCCGCGCCUCCCCAGGCCACUGACGCCCGGCGAGCCCUCCCCCGGCAGCAGCGGCCGAGGCGCGGGGAGGCGGCGGCGGCGGCGGCGGCGGCGGCGGCCCGAACCCAGCCCCAUGGCGUGGGGAGACGCCGGCCGCGGCCCCGAGCUCCUCGCGCUGACCUUCUGCCUGCUAGCCGUGCGCGGGGAGCUGCUGUUGCCCCAGGAGACGACUGUGGAGCUGAGCUGUGGAGUGGGGCCACUGCAAGUGAUCCUGGGCCCAGAGCAGGCUACGGUGCUGAACUGUAGCCUGGCUGCUGCUGCUGCCGGACACCCCUCCAGGGUGAUCUGGAUCAAGGAUGGGGACACCCUCCUGGAGCACGAUCACCUACGCCAGCUCCCCAAUGGUUCCCUGUGGCUCUCCCAGCCACUAGCACCCAAUGGCAGUGAUGAGGCAGUCCCCAAGGCUGUGGGGGUCAUCGAAGGCAGCUAUUCGUGCUUCGUCCACGGCCCUCUUGGAGUGCUGGCCAGCCAGGCUACUGUCGUCAAGCUCGCCAGACUCGCAGACUUCUCUCUGCACCCGGAAUCUCAGACGGUGGAGGAGAAUGGGACAGCUCGCUUCAAGUGCCACAUUGAAGGGCUGCCAGCUCCCAUCAUUACUUGGGAGAAGAACCAGGUGACAUUACCUCAAGAGCCUCGGCUCAUCAUGCUUCCCAAUGGCGUCCUUCAGAUCCUGGAUGUUCAGGAGGGUGAUGCAGGCUCCUACCGCUGUGUGGCCACCAACUCAGCUGGCCAGCGCUUCAGCCAGGACGCCUUACUCAGUGUGGCCCGCAGAGGGUCCCUGGCAUCCACCACGGGGCAGGGCGUGGUCAUCGUGGCAGCCCCAGAGAACACCACAGUGGUGUCUGGCCAGAUUGUGGUGAUGGAAUGUGUGGCCUCAGGGGACCCCACCCCUCUUGUGUCCUGGGUCCGAAAAGACGGAAAGCCCAUCUCCGCGGAUGUCGUGGUCCUGGGCCGCACCAACCUACUAAUUGCCCACGCGCAGCCCCGGCACUCUGGCAUCUACCUCUGCCGAGCUAACAAGCCCCUCACGCGCGACUUCGCCACUGCCUCCGCCGAGCUCCGCGUGCUGGCGGCUCCCGCCAUCUUGCAGGCGCCCGAGGGGCUGUCGCGGACGCGGGCGAGCACAGCGCGCUUCGUGUGCCGCGCGUCGGGGGAUCCGCGGCCUGCGCUACGCUGGCUGCACGACGGGGCGCCGCUGCGGCCCAAGGGGCGCGUCAAGGUCCAGGGCGGCGGCGGCAGCCUGGUCAUCACACAGAUCGGCCUGCAGGACGCCGGCUACUACCAGUGCGUGGCUGAGAACAGCGCGGGAACGGCGUGCGCCGCCGCGUCGCUGGUCGUGGUGGUGCGCGAGGGGCUGCCCAGCGCCCCCACGCGGGUCACAGCUACGCCACUGAGCAGCUCCGCUGUGUUGGUGGCCUGGGAGCGGCCCGAGCUGUACAGCGAGCAGAUCAUCGGCUUCUCUCUCCACUAUCAGAAGGCUCGGGGCAUGCACAAUGUGGAAUACCAGUUUGCAGUGAACAACGACACCACGGAACUACAGGUUCGGGACCUGGAACCCAACACAGAUUAUGAGUUCUACGUGGUGGCCUACUCCCAGCUGGGAGCCAGCCGCACCUCCACCCCAGCACUGGUGCACACACUGGAUGAUGUUCCCAGUGCAGCACCCCAGCUCUCCCUGUCCAGCCCCAACCCCUCGGACAUCAUGGUGGCGUGGCUGCCCCUGCCCCCAAGCCUGAGCAAUGGGCAGGUGGUGAAGUACAAGAUAGAAUAUGGUUUGGGAAAGGAAGAUCAGAUUUUCUCCACCGAGGUGCCAGGAAAUGAGACACAGCUUACGCUGAACUCACUUCAGCCAAACAAGGUGUAUCGAGUACGGAUUUCAGCUGCUACCUCGGCCGGCUUUGGGGCCGCCUCCCAGUGGCUGCAGCACAGGAUGCCCAGUAUGUACAACCAGAGCCACGACAUGCCCAUCCAAAGGGGGCCACCCCUGCCCCCAGCCCACGUCCAUGCGGAAUCAAACAGCUCCACAUCCAUCUGGCUUUGGUGGAAAAAGCCAGACUUCACCACAGUCAAGAUUGUCAACUACACUGUACGCUUCAGCCCCUGGGGACUCAGGAAUACCUCCCUGGUCACCUAUUACACCAGCAGUUCUGGAGAAGACAUCCUCAUUGGUGGCUUGAAGCCAUUCACCAAAUACGAGUUUGCAGUGCAGUCUCAUGGCGUGGACAUGGAUGGGCCUUUCGGCUCUGUGAUGGAGCUCUCCACCCUGCCUGACCGGCCCUCCACACCCCCAUCUGACCUGCAACUGAGCCCCCUGACACCGUCCACUGUUCGGCUGCGCUGGUGCCCCCCCACAGAGCCCAAUGGGGAGAUCGUGGAGUAUCUGAUCCUUUACAGCAACAAUCACACGCGGCCUGAGCACCAGUGGACCCUGCUGACCACAGAGGGAAACAUCUUCAGUGCUGAGGUACAUGGCCUGGAGAGCGACACUCGGUACUUCUUCAAGAUGGGGGCGCGCACAGAGGUGGGGCCUGGGCCUUUCUCCCGCCUGCAGGAUGUGAUCACGCUCCAGGAGAAGCUGUCAGACUCGCUGGACAUGCACUCAGUCACGGGCAUCAUCGUGGGUGUCUGCCUGGGCCUCCUCUGCCUCCUGGCCUGCAUGUGUGCUGGCCUGCGCCGCAGCUCCCACAGGGAAUCCCUCCCAGGCCUGUCCUCCACCACCACCACUGGGAACCCCACGCUGUACGCCAGAGCUCGGCUUGGCCCCACCAGUCCCCCAGGGGCCCAUGAACUGGAGUCCCUUGUGCACCCCCAUCUUCAGGACUGGUCCCCACCACCCUCAGAUGUAGAGGACAGGGCUGAAGUCCACAGCCUUAUGGGUGGUGGUGUUUCUGACUGCCAGGGUCACUCCAAGAGAAAGAUCUCCUGGGCUCCACCAAUCGGGCAGAGCUGGGCGGCUUCCUGGGCAGGCUGUGAGCUGCCCCAGGCAGGCCCCCGGCCAGCUCUGACCCGGGCUCUGCUGCCUCCUGCUGGAACUGGGCAGACGCUGCUGCUGCAGGCUCUGGUGUAUGAAGCCAUCAAGGGCAAUGGGAGGAAGAAGUCACCCCCCACCUGCAGGAACCAGGUGGAGGCCGAAGUCAUCGUCCACUCUGACUUCAGUGCAUCUAAGGAGAACCCUGACCUCCAUGUCCAAGACCUGGAGUCUGAGGACCCCCUGCGUCCGGAGGCUCCUGAUCUCAUCUCGGGUGUUGGGGAUCCAGGGCAGGGGGCAGCCUGGCUGGAUAGGGAGCUGGGAGGGUAUGCACUGGCAGCCCCCAGGCCAGACAGACUUACCUGCUUGCCAGAGGCAGCGAGUACUUCCUGCUCCUACCCGGACCUCCAGCCAGGCAAGGUGCUGGAGAUCCCUGGAGACAGCUGCCAGCUCAAAGUCCCCCGCCCUCUAGGAGCCAGCCCAGGCCUGCCCGGAUCCCCAGUUUCCUCCUCUGCCUAGCUCCUCCCAGAGGGUGUGGUUUGGGGCAGGCAGGUAUGGAUCACACAGGAUUCGACACCUGAGGCCAUGCAUGUCCACAUGUGUGCCUGUAGAUACAUCGUCAAGCCCUUUGGAGCUUCCUGAGGUGCUUUGGCUGGGAGGGGAGAGGAAGAAAUGGAUUAUUUACUCCCCGCAUAGUCUUUGUGAUACACAUGUGACGUGAGAGACAUAUGAGACACAGCUACAUGUGAUUUGCACAUAUGUGAAGCGCACAUGUGUGUACUGGUUGGUGAGCUGGGAAGCCAUAGCCCAGGCAGUGGUCACUACAGCCUGAUUGGUCCUCCAGGUCAGGAUAGUGCCCCAGAGUGGUCAGUCCCCAGCCCUGUGGGCCCCCACCUCCAUCAGCCAGCCCUUUAUUACACACUCUGAGAGUGUCUCCAGUGCCUGUCUGACAAAGACAGUCCCGGCCCGUUUUCCUGUCCGGCUGGGCUGAGUGCAAGUAGGCUCCGACUACCCAGCAUUUUAGCUGCAUCGCCUCCCGGCUCUUUAUUACCCAAAUUGAGAGGGUGAUCCUGGUUCCCUUCUGAGCAACUCCCCUUUGAAUUUUCUAAUUUGGGAAGUGCGUGGUUUGGAAAAUCCGCUUUCUCCCGCUCUGCCCCUCCUUCCUAGCCCCUGACUGCUCUAGUGGUCUGUCUCCCAGUCACCCUGUUUUCCCAGCACCAGUGCCCUUCUGCUCCCGGAUACUCUUCCCUUUUCUCUCUCCUGUUUUCUUUCCUCUGCCGUCUCUUGCGCCUAUUCCCAGAUUGCGUCAUCUGGUUCUCCUGUCUGGGUUCAAACUCUGCAUCCUUCUCUAACAACGUGACUACCUCAUGUCUGCUUCAGGCCCACUCGCCUGCCACCCUCCUGCCUCCUCUUCGCUCAGUGCUUCUGCUUGCCCCGCCCCAGGCAGCCCGCCCGCGCCCAGAGCGGGUGCGGAGAAGACCUCUCGGCUUCCCUGCAUCUUUCCCGGCUCCUCUGCAUGUUUCUCCUUGGGAUUGGGAUCCGGAGGUUCUCCUUGGAUGGAUCUAAGUCACAGAGGAGAAUGUUUGAAACAGGGAAGGGGACUGUGACCCAGAGGCUCAGAAUAAAAAUACGCCCUCCGUUCUAUGCAGGGGGGCAAGUUUACCGGAUGGAGAUGAUUCAGGGUCUUUCUUCCAGCAGCAGCUGGAGGAGAAGGAGUGAGAGUUCAGCGAGGCCCUUCCCACCCUGUGACUUGAUCUGGGUUGGGGAUGAGAGGAAUCUCACCCUCUGGGGUGCUGGCAGGGAGGUCUUUGCACAGGAAAAGGGUUAGUUAAUUUCAGUUUGUUUUUUCUUUAAAUUGAAUCCUCAAGUCAUGUUCUGUUUACCGGCCGCAGAGGGACAAGCUUGACUAUUUUCUGUGUAGUGAAAAUAAUGGCAUUUAUUUGGUUUUUCACCUCAGCCCUCUCAUAGGAGCAUAGAUGUCAGGGUCUUUACUCCCUAAUAGUGUCUGAUGGGCGCAUCAAGAGUUAACUCUGGCUUCUGGGCCAAAUUCGAAAUAACCAGUCCGUUUUUCCUUUUUUUUUAAUGGUGAAAUGUCUCUCAACACAGUUGUGGCUGCCUCAAACUCUGAAAGCAUCUGUGUUUAUUACAACCGGGUGUCACUCACUGUUGAUGUCUGCACCUACAUUUCCACCUCCUCCCCCUCCUUCAGCCUGCGAUAACACUAAAGAUUAUUAAUGUCGGUUUUGUAUCUCGUUAGAAACAGAAUUGUCACUUGUACUAUUUCUGUAGCACUCUGGCUAACACCGCUGUGUAUGUUUCAUCAUUGCUCUGAAGGUCAAAAGCCUCAUUUUAUUUUGCUGGUUUGAUUUUUUUUUUUUUUAAGAAGAAAAAAACUGCCCUGAAUUAAAUGGCUAUUUUAACAGUAGGCUCUUAGCAUUACACCACAGUCAUUUUUCAUGUUCUUGUUUAACAGGCACUGAGGUUCUGGUUUAAAUUAAAUAGCUGCAAAUGAGACAAUUUAUAACCCAUUAGGCUGGGUGGAAAAUUGUUUCUCAAAAGCAAAUAAGUAAUAAAUCUGGUAUUUGCCUAUAACUCACAGUUGAUAAGAAAGUGGCCAUUUCUCGCUAACAUUAUAUAUGAUUUGCGCUCUGGGUAAUGUGGAAGUGUUAGGUUCGUGUCUUUGUAGCAGUAUUUUUAUUAGAAAAGAAUCUAUUGGCCUUUUCCAGGGUAUUAAUCCCUUUGUCACCUACCAUCGAUGCCUUAAGUUUUUUGAGUCUCAAUUAAAAAUCUUCCUUUUUUUGAUGCAUGACAAGUGUAAUCAGUACUUGCUCAUUUAUUUGUCUGUAUUUAGUGCUGUACUAUUCAGUUAUCCUUCCAGCAUUUUCUUUUUCUCCUUACAAAUAUGAUAUUCUUUAGUGUUAAGCUAAGGCAUUGAUUCAUGUAUCUGUCCUUAUAAUGAAAUAAUAAACUGUUUUCCAGAAACGCGGAA